UUUCUUCUUCUUCUUCUUCUUUUUUUUUUUUUUUUUUUGCCCCGGGGCUCAAUGGAUGGAUUGUGGAAAACUGCACCGGGUUGCAGGUUGUUGAGCAACUGAUGGGACCAUCUCAGGGACCAGCGGUUACGAAAGUUGUUAGGCACUGGAAGUCCAUCAUACCAGGAGAAUUUAGACGCAGUGCUGGAUCUUGUCUAAGAUGCUGAUUUGAAGAACUGCCCUGAAAACUGAAAUGAUUAAUGCAGAAAGUCAGAAGACAGAACUAUGGAUUUUUAGCAAUCACAGAACAAAUUAAGGUGUCUGACUUGGGAAAUCAGUGUUUAUUUUUGAGGAAUUUUUCUUUCUUUCCUUUUUUUUUUUUGCUUUUGGUUUUUAAUCAUUGAUAUUGGAAUACAGAAGAGGAGCCAGAAGUAUACUGAUUUGGCUUCACCUCAGAACAGCCAUUCUUGAGGCAUUCUCCUCCGAGAACACAGCCAUGUGUCCACCUCAGCUGUUCAUCCUCAUGAUGCUUUUAGCACCUGUAGUUCAUGGUGGCAAGCACAAUGAGAGACAUCCAGCCCUCGCUGCUCCACUGCGACAUGCUGAGCACAGCCCAGGAGGCCCUCUCCCUCCCAGACAUCUUCUUCAGCAGCCAGCUGCAGAGCGCUCUACAGCUCAUCGAGGACAAGGGCCACGUGGAACUGCCAGAGGAGUUCGCGGACCCGGUGCCCCAGGAGCACAGAUUGCAGCCCAAGCUUUCAGCCGCGCCCCAAUUCCCAUGGCAGUGGUCCGCAGAGAGCUCUCCUGUGAGAGCUACCCCAUUGAGCUACGCUGUCCAGGCACAGACGUCAUCAUGAUCGAGAGCGCCAACUACGGGAGGACAGAUGACAAGAUCUGUGACUCGGACCCUGCUCAGAUGGAGAAUAUUCGGUGUUAUCUGCCAGAUGCCUAUAAGAUUAUGUCUCAAAGAUGCAAUAACAGAACCCAGUGUGCAGUGGUGGCAGGUCCUGAUGUAUUUCCAGACCCAUGUCCGGGAACAUAUAAAUACCUUGAAGUGCAGUAUGAAUGUGUCCCUUACAUUUUUCUUUGUCCCGGACUGCUCAAAGGAGUGUACCAGAGCGAACACUUGUUUGAAUCUGACCACCAAUCUGGGGCAUGGUGCAAAGACCCUCUACAGGCUUCUGACAAGAUUUACUAUAUGCCCUGGACUCCCUACAGAACCGAUACCCUGACAGAGUAUUCAUCCAAAGAUGACUUCAUUGCUGGAAGGCCGACAACUACAUACAAGCUCCCUCACAGAGUGGAUGGUACUGGAUUUGUAGUAUAUGAUGGUGCCCUGUUCUUCAACAAGGAGCGUACAAGGAACAUAGUAAAGUUUGAUUUGAGGACUAGGAUAAAGAGUGGAGAGGCAAUCAUAGCAAAUGCUAACUACCAUGAUACCUCCCCAUACCGAUGGGGUGGCAAGUCCGACAUAGACUUGGCAGUGGAUGAAAACGGAUUAUGGGUAAUCUAUGCAACAGAACAGAACAAUGGCAAAAUUGUUAUUAGCCAGUUGAACCCUUACACCCUACGGAUUGAGGGGACAUGGGACACUGCCUAUGAUAAAAGGUCUGCUUCCAAUGCAUUUAUGAUUUGUGGGAUUCUGUAUGUGGUCAAGUCUGUAUAUGAGGAUGACGACAAUGAGGCCACCGGUAAUAAGAUUGACUACAUUUACAAUACUGACCAAAGCAAGGAUAGCCUGGUGGAUGUACCCUUUCCCAACUCAUACCAGUACAUAGCAGCCGUGGACUACAAUCCCAGGGACAAUCUGCUGUACGUGUGGAACAACUACCAUGUUGUCAAAUACUCCUUGGACUUCGGGCCUCUGGAUAGCAGAUCAGGGCCAGUGCAUCAUGGACAAGUUUCCUACAUCUCUCCACCGAUUCACCUUGACUCUGACCUGGAAAGGCCCCCUGUCAGAGGGAUUUCUACCACAGGACCCCUGGGUAUGGGAAGCACGACCACCAGCACCACCCUCCGGACUACCACCUGGAACCUAGGGAGGAGUACAACGCCAUCCUUGCCUGGCAGAAGAAACCGCAGUACCAGUACGCCGUCCCCAGCGAUUGAGGUGCUGGAUGUUACCACACACCUGCCAUCUGCAGCCUCCCAAAUCCCAGCGAUGGAAGAGAGCUGCGAGGCUGUGGAAGCCCGAGAGAUCAUGUGGUUUAAGACCCGACAGGGGCAAGUAGCAAAGCAGCCAUGCCCAGCAGGAACCAUAGGUGUAUCAACUUACCUGUGUCUUGCUCCUGAUGGAAUAUGGGAUCCCCAAGGACCAGAUCUCAGCAACUGCUCUUCUCCUUGGGUCAAUCACAUAACACAGAAGCUGAAAUCUGGAGAAACAGCUGCCAAUAUUGCCAGAGAGCUAGCAGAACAGACCAGAAAUCAUUUGAACGCCGGGGAUAUCACCUACUCAGUUCGUGCCAUGGACCAACUGGUUGGCCUCCUGGACGUACAGCUCAGGAAUUUGACACCAGGGGGGAAAGACAGUGCUGCCCGAAGCUUGAACAAGCUUCAGAAAAGAGAGCGCUCUUGCAGAGCCUAUGUCCAGGCGAUGGUGGAGACAGUUAACAAUCUCCUUCAGCCACAAGCUCUGAAUGCGUGGAGGGACCUGACGACAAGUGAUCAACUACGCGCAGCCACCAUGUUGCUCGACACUGUGGAGGAGAGUGCUUUCGUGUUAGCCGAUAACCUUUUGAAGACCGACAUUGUCAGGGAGAAUACAGACAAUAUUCAGUUGGAGGUUGCAAGGCUGAGCACGGAAGGAAACCUAGAAGAUCUAAAAUUUCCAGAAAACACGGGCCACGGAAGCACUAUACAGCUUUCCGCAAACACGUUAAAGCAAAAUGGCCGGAAUGGAGAGAUUAGAGUGGCCUUUGUCCUGUAUAACAACCUGGGUCCUUAUUUAUCUACGGAGAAUGCCAGUAUGAAGUUGGGCACAGAAGCUAUGUCCACAAAUCACUCAGUUAUCGUCAAUUCCCCUGUUAUUACAGCAGCAAUAAAUAAGGAAUUCAGUAAUAAAGUGUAUUUGGCUGAUCCUGUGGUAUUUACUGUUAAACAUAUCAAGCAGUCAGAGGAAAAUUUCAACCCUAACUGUUCAUUUUGGAGCUAUUCCAAGCGCACAAUGACAGGUUAUUGGUCAACACAAGGCUGUCGACUCCUGACAACGAACAAGACACACACUACGUGCUCCUGUAACCACCUCACCAACUUCGCAGUAUUAAUGGCACAUGUGGAAGUUAAGCACAGCGAUGCCGUCCACGAUCUUCUUCUGGAUGUGAUCACGUGGGUCGGAAUCCUGUUGUCUCUUGUUUGUCUCCUGAUCUGCAUCUUCACAUUCUGCUUCUUCCGUGGGCUCCAGAGCGACCGUAACACCAUUCACAAGAACCUGUGCAUCAGCCUGUUUGUGGCAGAACUGCUCUUCCUGAUUGGGAUCAACAGAACCGACCAACCGAUUGCCUGUGCAGUGUUUGCGGCUCUUUUGCAUUUCUUCUUCUUGGCGGCCUUCACCUGGAUGUUUCUAGAAGGGGUACAGCUGUAUAUCAUGCUGGUGGAGGUCUUUGAGAGUGAGCAUUCCCGUAGGAAGUACUUCUAUCUGGUUGGCUACGGGAUGCCCGCACUCAUCGUGGCCGUUUCUGCUGCAGUCGACUACAGGAGCUAUGGAACAGACAAAGUAUGUUGGCUUCGCCUUGACACCUACUUCAUUUGGAGUUUUAUAGGACCAGCGACCUUGAUAAUUAUGCUGAAUGUAAUCUUCCUCGGGAUUGCUUUAUACAAAAUGUUUCACCAUACUGCCAUACUGAAACCUGAAUCAGGCUGUCUUGAUAAUAUCAACUAUGAGGAUAACAGACCCUUCAUCAAGUCAUGGGUUAUAGGUGCAAUAGCGCUGCUCUGCCUAUUAGGAUUGACCUGGGCCUUUGGACUCAUGUAUAUUAAUGAAAGCACAGUCAUCAUGGCGUAUCUCUUCACCAUUUUCAAUUCUCUACAGGGGAUGUUUAUAUUCAUUUUCCACUGUGUCCUACAGAAGAAGGUACGGAAAGAGUAUGGGAAAUGCCUACGGACGCAUUGCUGUAGUGGGAAAAGCACGGAGAGUUCGAUUGGCUCAGGGAAAACAUCUGGUUCUCGAACUCCAGGACGGUAUUCCACAGGCUCACAGAGCCGGAUUCGGAGAAUGUGGAAUGACACCGUCCGAAAGCAGUCAGAGUCAUCCUUCAUCACUGGAGACAUAAACAGCUCAGCGUCGCUCAACAGAGGAACCAUGGCUAAUCAUCUUAUGAGCAAUGCUCUUCUUCGUCCGCAUGGUACUAACAAUCCCUAUAACACAUUGCUUGGGGAACCGGCGGUCUGUAACAACCCUUCUAUCAGCAUGUACAACGCACAAGAGCCCUACAGAGAGACAAAGGGGCUUCUGAACAAUGCCAGGGAUACAAGUGUCAUGGAUACUCUACCACUGAAUGGUAACCAUGGCAACAGUUACAGCAUUGCUGGCGGCGAAUACCUGAGCAACUGUGUGCAAAUUAUAGACCGUGGCUAUAACCACAACGAGACCGCCCUAGAGAAAAAGAUCCUAAAGGAACUCACUUCCAACUAUAUCCCUUCAUACCUGAACAACCACGAGCGCUCCAGCGAACAGAACCGGAACAUGAUGAACAAACUGGUGGACAACUUAGGCAGUGGGAGUGAAGAUGACGCCAUAGUCCUGGAUGACGCAGCGUCCUUUAACCACGAGGAGAGUCUGGGCCUGGAACUCAUUCACGAGGAAUCGGAUGCUCCCUUGCUGCCCCCGAGGGUUUACUCCACCGAUAACCACCAGCCACACCAUUACAGCAGGAGGCGGCUCCCCCAGGACCACAGCGAGAGCUUCUUCCCUCUGCUAACCGACGAGCACACAGAAGACCCGCAGUCACCGCACAGGGACUCUCUGUACACCAGCAUGCCGGCCCUGGCCGGUGUGCCCGCUGCAGACAGUGUGACCACCAGCACCCAGACCGAAGCCGCAGCGGCCAAGGGUGGUGACGCCGAAGAUGUUUACUACAAAAGCAUGCCAAACCUGGGCUCCAGAAACCAUGUGCACCCGCUGCACGCCUACUACCAGCUAGGGCGAGGCAGCAGCGAUGGAUUCAUAGUUCCUCCCAAUAAAGAUGGGGCCUCUCCGGAGGGGACUUCCAAAGGACCGGCGCACUUGGUCACUAGUCUAUAGAAGGUGACACGGGGAUGACAACCAACGGGACAGCUAACACCCGGUGGCCCAUUCUGAGUCGAUAUAAGCAGUGGUCAUCGUGUGUAACACGUGUGUGACAUCUGAUGCUGUUCUCAAAAGAGAGACUCUGACAUUUGGUUUUUUUUUUUUUUUUUUAACUUGAAUUUUUAGGUCAGCGCAGGGGAGAAAGCUCCCCCUGUGCCCCAGUCUUUCCCGUCUUUCCCCUCAGAUGGACACUUCAUUAUGUUAAUGAACGAGAUAAGAUGAAAAUGGCGCUCAUUGUGGCCUUGUUGAGUUAGGUUGUGAUUAACAGCUCUGAUGCUCUGUUACUAGAAUCACGAGGACCUGAUUUUUCUUUCUUUUUUUUUUUUUAAAAAAAAAAGAGGCCGGAACUAUUGUUUGGAAUUAGUAACAAUGCUGCAUCUAGAUUGGAGUGCUGCCCAGCCGUAGAAGCAGAGCAGAACUGUAUCCCAUAGCGGUGCGCGGUCACUCGCAACCUGAGUUCACCACAGCGAGCAUAGCUGUGAAAAGCAAAAGCAAAACAACAGAAUUAAUAAUCUGACGGUGGGGAAUUCUAGAAUUAUAUGCUAAAUGCAUAUUUUAUGAUUUGCUGUAUUAACUGAUGAUAAAACUAAUGGCAGAAAAAAAAAGAAUUGAACAAUUUCUAUGUCAUGUACAGAUACUAGCAUUGCGCAUAUAGUCUGCUUUUUGUUCCUCCAGAAUUUGAGUCCUGUUAAUGUAGUGGCAAAGAAGAAAUUUUCCUUUUCUUUUGUGCUAGUCUUGCAAGUUUGUCUACCAGUAAAAGAGCAAAGUUUCCUUCCUUUCUUGUUUUCUUUCUUUUUAUUUGUUCUUUUGUCCCCUCUCCCCCCACCCCACCUUUUUAUUUUUCCUUUAAAAAUUCACCUGGCAAAAAAUAAUAAUAAUAAAUAAAUAAAUGAAGCUAUCACUUUAUAAGAAUCAUUUUCUAGUAAUGCAAACAAAUUAUUUUUUAACAAAAAAUAAAAUAAAAUAAAUAAAAUUAGACUUCCUUCCCUCCAUAUAUAUCUAUCUAUCUAUAUUUAUCCAGCCCGAGUAUUUCCAAUGUCAUUUUUGCAAAUUAGAGCAGGACAAAUUUUACAUUUCCAGGGCACAUCUGUUGUAAUGCGAAGCAUUAUUUGGCAAGCAGUUCAUCACCAAGGCAGUAGCUAUGAUUCUAGAAGCUAAGAGGUGUCUAUAGAGCUAGAGGGGGCUUCUGCAUGUGAAAUGCUGUAAUUCGUAGGCGUUAAAAGUGCUGAAUGGGCAGUCUGACCCCCACGUGGGCACCUGCACUACCAAUUGUUAGAGGAAAUUCACUCCCUCCUAGUGAGAGUUGAAAGGUCAAAUUAUUUUGAGGUAAUUCUUUUUUUUUAAAGUUUUCUGUUAACAGGAAAAUUUAUUUAUUUGACAGGAUUUUAAGUAAUGUAGAGAUACAAAUGGUAAAUUAGCAGCACAUAUAAUUUUUUUUAAAUUUAUGAUCCAUUUUGUAUGGUCUCAAGUUGGAUGACCUCAUUACUAAUAUUUGUUGUAAAAGUGAAACUUGUUUGCCGACCAAUAAACAACUGAUUGAGAUUUAGAAGAGAUGGCUUUGACGUAUGUACUAUAUUAUCAAGUCCUCUUUUGACUUUCCUUGCCUUUCCUUUUCUUUGUUUUCAUAAUAUAAACUCUUCUUAACCUCUGUGACCCAAGUGAGCAACACACACACACACACACACACACACACACUCUCACACUCAGAUAUAUAUCUGACUUGAAUAUCCAAACACAACAGUACAGAUUUUUGCAGACAAAGUUGAUGCAUAGCACCCACUCAAGUGGGAUAAGGAAGAUCACUCAUCUCUAGUCACUAGGCUUAAGGCUAAAGACAGUCAUCCAGUGGUUUAAAUAUCACUUGUGAUGCGGCCAUCUCUCAGGGCCCCUUAUUGUAAUCUUUAUUCUAAUGGAGGAAUUUGGAAAUUUAAAUUUCCUCAGUUGGCUAAGAAGCACAAUAGUAAAAGCAAAGACCUUAUUCAUUGUACCAGAAGAAUAUAAGGUCAUUAACAUCGACACACUGUGUUAGUUUUCUCUAUGGCCACCUCAAACAAAAUCUGUUGUGUUGGUUCUCCUCCAUCCCUCUGACUCCCUUUCUGUAGUCUCUGACACCUCACCCUGCCCCAAUGCAUAUUUCCCACCUUUAUGCCUCCUAUGUAAGACCUUUUUACUUUGUUUUUGUCUUCUUCAAUGUAUGGGUACUGGUGAAGGACAAAAGAAUUCCUUCAAAAGAACUUUGUAGAUCUUUCUAUUCCUACACUACCAAUGUGUCAGAUCAAGGAGCCCCACGUAGAAUAAAGCUCAAAUGAACUUGCCAAAGUAUAUUUUCCCUUGUAGUAUAUCCUUGGGCUUACUUUACAAAAGCCCACGCACUAGCUAUCUCUAAAUGAUAUCUUAAAUCAAGGUGAGAGGCGUUGAGAGUGUGACCAGCCAGUCUUCCAUAGACACUGUAAAGUCUGUGGUAGAGAGGAAGUUGUGCACCCAUUAAUCUGAAAGUCAUUUCAAAAGAAUCCAUGGAUCAUUUGAUUUUAGCCAGAUGAUGGCAAUAUUUUCUUGAAAUCCAUAAACAUUUUAAUUUGGAAGAGAAACAUAAGCAUUAGAAGUAAUUAGUUUUCUCACGACAUGGUUUGGGAAUAUUCCCCACAUUACCGAUAACCCACCCGAUACCUAUAAAAAAAAUUCCCUCAGUGAGCAAACCUAAGUCAGCCUCAGAAAUAAGGCUAUUGUUUGUGGAGUGCUAACACUUGUGCUUGAUUUAAAAAAAUACUAUCCCAAAGGAAAGCAAUAUCAGUAAAAGGCCGUUUCAUGAGACAGUGGCGACCCUACUUCAGUCCAGCUCUUCAAUCGUCUGUAAUCUGGCAUUACUACUUUCCUGUGUGGUGCUGUGUGUUUCGUUAUCCAGAACUUGAAAGAGGUAGCCUUCCCAUUUCUACCGGGAACAACCUGAAGAAAGAUCACUUGAAUACAUCAACUGGUAUCCAAGGCCUCUGCCUACUGUGCGCUAACGUUGCUCUUGCAUCAAGACGAAAGGGCCAUUGGCGACCUCUCCUCUCAUACAUCAUAACUGCCGUGCUUCAGAGAGUUAAUCCUGUGGGAAUCAGACCAACAUCAUUUAAAAGGACAAUUAAUAGAAUCAAUAUGCAGGGAGAUCUUAUACUAUGCAACAGCAGAAUGUUCUCCUCACCUUGAAAAACCUUUGCUAUGCGACUCUAAUUAAACAGAAGAAACAGUA